AUGGCUACAGAAGAUACCAUCGAUAAGGACCAGAAUGUAUCGGAUUUACUAUAUACCGUGUCUGAGAGGCCACCACUUCACGUUACCAUAGUUCUCUCAUUCCAGCAGGUGCUGAUAUCACUGGCAGGUUCAUUGGCUGUGUCUUCUUUCGUGGCCGACGCCGCAUGCGCAGAGAAUGACACCGAUCUUAAAUCGAGGUUACUGAGUUCCACUUUAUUGAUGAACGGAGUAACCACCUUGCUGAUGGUUAUUCUAGGAAUAAGACUCCCACUAUACCAGGGUGCUGCAGCAUUGUACAUUGUUCCGCUCAUAGCGAUACAAUCAGUGGACCCUAACAGAUGUCUCUUAUCAGGGGAUGAUGUUUCAAGUAAUUAUAGCACCGUGUCCUAUGAGGGAAAAGAAAGUCCGGCCUUAAAAGCUCUUGCUAUGUUAAAAAUCAGAGAGAUGGCAGGCAGUCUGAUGUUGGCGGGAAUUGUUCAUUUUUUCAUUGGAGCGACAGGGUUGGUAGGGUUUGCCCUCCGAGUUAUCGGCCCUGUCACCAUCGUGCCCACUGUGCUUCUCUCUGGCCUUUAUCUGACAAGGGCAGUCACCAAAUUUAGCAAAACACAUUGGGGAAUAGCAUUUGCAACUGCUGCCAUGGCCAUUAUCAUGUCAAUCUACCUCAGUAAAAAGAAGACUCGGAUACCGUCAUGGUCGCGAGAGAAAGGCUUCCAUUGGAAUAGAUAUCCAUUCCAUCAAAUGUUUGCGAUCAUGAUUGGGAUGCUGUUCGGAUGGGCACUGGCCGCUAUUCUUACUGCUGCUGAUGUCAUCCCGUUUGACCCCAACAACGUCCAAUUCAAGGCCCGUACUGACGCCAGAGGCGACGUAGUCAGAAAUGCAAAAUGGUUUUAUUUUCCUUAUCCGGGUCAAUUCGGAAGUCCAAUAUUUGAAACUGGUGCGUUCUCAGCAUUUCUUAUAGCAACAUUCAUUUCUAUUUUGGAUUCUAUCGGUGAUUAUUACGCUUGUGCAAUGAUAUGUAACGUCCCACCCCCACCAACACAUGGAGUUAAUCGUGGAAUAGCGAUCGAAGGACUGUGUACAGCCCUGUCAGGGGCCAUGGGAUGCGGCCAUGCUACUUCCACUCAGGGCGGCAACAUUGGAUCUAUUGGAAUAACAAAGGUUGCCAGUCGAAGUGUGUUUCUCGGCGCCUCCUUCCUAUUCAUUCUGUUCGGUUUGGUGGGUAAGGUAUCUGCCAUUUUUGUGACCAUGCCUCACCCAGUGCUAGGAGGAGGGAUGCUCGUCAUGUAUGGCAUGUUUACGGGUGUAAUCCUGUCUAAUCUUCAAGUGAUUUCCCUAAAGUCCACCCGCAAUCUCGCUAUCAUCGGGAUUUCUAUCGUGGCAGGUUUGAUGGUUCCUCGAUGGAUUGAAACAACGCCCAAUGCUAUUGACACAGGUAACUUAACUGCAGAUAAGAUACUAAAGGUUCUUCUAGCCAAUCCAAACCUGACCGGUGGCAUCAUAUCAUGUGUUCUUGACAACACUACGCCAGCGACACUAAAAGAGAGAGGAAUUUCUACAUGGCGUUCCCAACAAAACAAUGCUAAACACAACGAGGAGGAGAAAAGCGAAACAUUUAUCGUGGAUAAGAUAUCGUAUAGUGAGGGUUUGGAGGUGUAUAACCUACCGUUCUCCAUCAAAUGGAUUCCAUACAAAGUGCUGAAAUACAUACCAUUCCUGCCUCGACAAGACAAUAACCAGGAGAUAUUUCCAACGCCACAAUUCAGCGUAUAA